AUGGCUUUAUUUGAAAUUGCUAAAUAUAUUAGAAGAAACCGGAAUACCGAUCGUUUGGUGGUUUUCAAAAACCACCACAUGAUCGACACGGCAGCCGAAUAUCAAUCUUUUGGCCCAAAUUAUG